AUGUUGAGCAGCUCCGGCGACGCAUUUGUCCGCAAUUGGCAGCGCACGCUCGCUCUGAACAUGGGUUGCUCCGCCAGGCUGUCUACGGUGCCAGAGGGCGAGCAGGAAGCACUAGGCGAGCAUGUAAAUACCCCUCCGGUCGCUCGCGACAUGCUUGAAAUCAUCGAGCGACACGCCGAGUGGCGGGAAUUGCAAGGCCAGGCGGAACAGGCUCGACGCGACCGUCUCUACGGCCCUGAUGCAGAACAAACUAUCAUAAAGCGCACGAAAUGGAAUCGCGGCCAAGAGAAACUGCUCUACUGGGGACGCUCUUACGGCACCAUCUUGGGGUCUACGUUUGCGCGAAUGUUUCCCGAUCGGAUGGGCCGAGCUGUACUUGAUGGUGUGGUUGAUAUUGACAAAUAUUACCAAAAUAAAGGGCACAACUCCAUCAUUGACGCGGAUCAAAUCUUCGAUAAGUUUGCGCAUUAUUGUGCUACCGCGGGCGCUGAGCGUUGUCCGUUCUACCGCGAGGGCGGGGAGGCGGCGAUUAAACAGGCAUAUCGCGCGUUGGAAGACAAGCUGUACAAUGCUUCUGUUCCCGUUCCUGCAUCGGAGACACGAGGACCAGAAAUCAUCACGUGGACUGACCUGAAGCAGUCUCUUCGCAUCGCCAUGUAUCAACCCCUGGUCGGAUUUCCUCUUUUAGCACGACAUGCGAGGUCACUUUCAGACGGAGACGGGUCCGAGGUCGCCGAUUUCAAGCAAAAAAGCCGUCAGCCCUCAUGUCCGUCCACGCAGUGUCUUCUUGACGGCCCGUGGUCGAUCUCCUGCCAGCCUUCCGGGGCGAAUGAAGCCUACGCGAGCGUAGCCGUCCUAUGUACAGACGCAGAGUAUCUGCAAGCAAUGGACGAAGAGAGAUUCCUGCAAGACUGGGAAGUACUUCGUGAAGACAGCACUAUGCUUGGGGACUACUGGGCCCAUAUCGGGCUGGGAUGCGUGGGAUGGAACGUGAAAGCGAAAUGGAGGGUGCCAGGACCCUAUUCUGCGAAUCUUUCCCAUCCACCACUGCUCGUUAGCAACCUUCUUGACCCGGUCACACCGCUGCGAAGUGCGGAAAAUAUGGUCAAGAAAUUCCCCGGCUCGGUUUUACUCCGACAGGACUCAGAGGGACAUUCUACCCUCUCGGCGCCCUCCAUGUGCAUCAAUAAAGCGAUCCGCAAGUACUUCCAAACCGGCAAGUUGCCACCACCCGACACUCUCUGUGAAGGGGAUUUUGUUCCCUUUCUCGGUGCACCUGGCGAAACUCAUGAGAUGACCUUCGAGGAUCAGGAACUGUGGGAUGCAAUCCUCGAUGACGCCCGUCAUAUCCAGAGUCAGAGCACACCCAUCUAG